AUGGGACUAGCGCCCAUGGAGACAUUCUCAUUGGUGCAGAUGGCAUUCGCUCGGUUUGUGGGAGUGCUUCUCUGGAAUUUCAUAUCACUGACUCAGGUACAGAGUGUCAGACAGUCUUUCAUUCCCGAUUACAAACUCCGAUUCAGCGGCAAGGUUUUCAUGAGAGCGACGUUUGAUGCUUCUCUGGUCGAGGGGAAGAUACCAGAUUUGCCAGAGGAUUCAAUUCAUUGGUGGGGGCCCAAGGACAACUUCUUCGCAUCUCGACUUGGCAAGAACCAGUACACGACAGUUGGCGCGUAUGACGACCCUCGGUCAUCAGAAGAGUUAGAAAAAACAAUUGCCUGGGAUCAACUUGGCAAUGUCGAGUUCCUCCGAAAACGAUACCAGGAUUGGAACCCGACCGUGAAGGCCCUUACAGAUCUCACGCCAUCCACGAACCUCUACCCCAAUUUCGCCGGGGACGCCUUGCCAACUUGGGUCUUCGGCUCGCGCGUGACACUAGUGGGAGACGCAGCACACGCGCACGGCGGAGCAUUCGCCGCUGGAGGCUCGCUGGCACUAGAUGACGCCCUCGCUCUUGGCCUUGCGUUCAAACACGUCUUUCAGGGGUCCACGUUCUCAAUUGAGAAAAUUGAGAAGGCAUUGGCGCUAUACAGCCAGACCAGGCAGCCUCAUACAGCCCGAUUAUUGGGCAUUGUGCAUGACCAGAUAGAUCGGAAAGCCGCAACUUUCGCGACAAGUGAAGCUGAAGACGAGGCGCUUGUGGCCCGAUUGAAAGGUCGGCCUGAUACAACGUGGCUAUCGGAACAUGACGUCGAGGCUGCUUUUGGUGCUGUUGCUCAGGGGUCGCACGACGCGGGGGCGCAGCUACAGGUUGGGGAUGAACUAAAACCAAAUGGAGCCAUUGGGAUCCAGCACAGUAAGUUAUGA